GGGGACUUGAACAGCUAAGUAUCACAGACAGCAGAAAUGGAUUUACCAGAUGAAGUAUGGUUUUCAUUGAACGAACGCCUAAAACCAAGAAAGAAGGUCCUCGUCGUAAUCAUCAUUAUUCUUUUUAUCUUGCUGGUGAUCUUCUUCGGACUUUUCAUCGCCUUUCGCGUCAAAUACGAUGAAAAGAACGGCUCGACUGAGUUCGUUUCUACUUUCGUUUCGUCAGAAAAUGUCUGUCAAACGUUCGAGUGUCUGGAAUCAGCUGCCAACAUCGCCAAAAGCAUCAACACCAGUGUGGAUCCAUGCGACAACUUCUACCAGUUCGCCUGCGGACGCUGGAUGGCGGAGCAUCCCAUACCCUUGGAUUCCAGUGGAAUUAAUAAUUUCAUUAUUAUAGCAAACGAGAUCAAACAUACGCUCAAAGGUCAGGAAGUAAAACGAAAAGUUUCAGAUACAUUUCUGUUUCUAUGUUGACUUCAUUGCUAAGUGAUGUUAAGUGAUGAUGAAAAUGCUUUGCUGUUGGACUAUUACACGCAAAUAUGAUUCUUUUGAACCAACUAAAAAAAGAAAAAAAUCUGAAAAAGGUUUAUUUGUCUCCUCUGUGCAUCUCUAUCUACAGUGGCUUUGUUAUUUUAUAUUUGAAUGUUUACAGUCUUGUACAUGGUGUGACGUUUUAGUUUCUUGUAUAUCAGUUAGUAUAUAAUGAUGUUGUAUAAGUUGUUUCUAUAGUAGAGUUUACUGAUUCCCUUUAUUUUAUCACUCUCUGUCCCU